AUGGACAGUUUCUCAGUAAAUAAACACAAACCGUGGAUUGAAACAUCAUACCAUGGGGUGAUCACUGAAAACACUGAUGUUGUUCUGCUAGAUCCUCCUCUGGUGGCCCUGGACAAAGACGCUCCCAUCCCCUACGCAGAGUCAUUUGAACUAUGCCUGUCAAAACAAGGGGAGAUCUGUGCAUUCAACAUCCACGGGCUGGAGGCUCCGUUUGAGGCAGUGGUGCUCAAUGGUACGUCUGGCGAGGGCCAGCUGAGGGCCCGCGGCUUGGUGGACUGCGAGCUGCAGAAGGAAUACACCUUCAUCAUCCAGGCUCACGACUGUGGAUCUGGCCCCGGGGGCACGGAGGGCAAAAAGUCCCAUAAGGCGGUGGUGCACAUUCAGGUCAACGAUGUGAAUGAGUUUGCCCCUGUGUUUCGGGAGCCCCAGUACCAAGCCGCGGUGACGGAGGGCAAGAUUUAUGACAGCAUCCUGCAGGUGGAGGCCACUGACCAGGACUGCUCCCCACAGUACAGCCAGAUCUGUAACUACCAGAUCACCACCACCAACACACCUUUCGCUAUAGAUCGCAACGGUAACAUCCGGAACACUGAGAAGCUGAGCUAUGACCGGCAGCAGCUGUACAAGAUCCAGGUCACAGCCUGGGACUGCGGCCAGAAGAGAGCCUUGCACAGCGUCCCUGUCCACAUUGACGUCAAGCCUGUCUGCAAGCCUGGCUGGCAAGAUUGGAGUAAGCGAGUGGACUAUGAGCCAGGAACAGGAAGUAAGCAGCUGUUUCCUAAAAUGCACCUGGAGACCUGUGGCGGACCGCUGUCGUCAGUGAGGACCACAGUGGAGCUACAGACCAGCCACAUUGGAAAAGGCUGUGACCGCGAGACCUAUUCUGAGAAAUCUCUACAGAAACUCUGUGGGGCCUCUUCGGGCAGCACUGACCUUCUGCCUGCCCCCAGCGCUGCCACCAACUGGACAGCUUCCCUUGUGACUGACAGCGGCAGGGACAGUGACUUGAUCUUCAGGUUUGACGGUCAUCAGGCAGCUAAAAUCCCGGACUGGGUGGUACCCCAGAAUCUGACAGACCAGUUCACCAUAGCAACCUGGAUGAAGCACGGACCCAGUCCUGGUCUCAGAGCUGAGAAGGAGACUCUACUAUGUAACUCUGACAAGACUGAGAUGAACCGUCAUCACUAUUCCCUGUAUGUCCAUAAUUGCCGCCUUGUGUUCCUGCUGAGGAGAGACUUCACCCAGGUGGACACCUUCAGACCGGCUGAGUUCCACUGGAAACUGGAGCAGAUCUGUGACAAGGAGUGGCAUUACUACGUCAUCAACGUGGAGUUCCCAGUGGUGACGCUCUAUGUGGACGGAGUAACCUACGACCCCUACCUGGUGACUGACGACUGGCCCAUCCACCCCUCACAGAUUGACGUGCAGCUCACAGUCGGUGCCUGCUGGCAAGGUGGGGAGGUGACCAAGCCGCGGUUCACCCAGUACUUCCGGGGAAGCCUUUCUGGAUUGACCAUCCGACCAGGGAAGAUCGAAAGUCAGAAAGUCAUUUCCUGUCUUCAGGCCUGCAAAGAAGGACUGGACAUCAACUCCCUUGAGAGUCUGGAUAAGAGCAUAAAGUUUCACUUUAACCCAGCACAGUCUAUGUUGGUAAUGGAGGGAGAGGACUUGGAAAACAUGAAUGCUGCUGUGAGGAAAGUUUCCUACAUAAACUCUCGUCAGUUUCCCACACCAGGCAUCCGACGUCUGCACAUCUCCACUGCCGUCCAGUGUUUUGGUGAAGACACUUGUAUCACCAUCCCAGACAUCGAUGCAGUGGUGAUGGUGUUACAGCCCAGUGAGCCCAGGAUAACCAUCACCGGCGUGGAGAGACUGAAUCAGCCGGCCUCCGAUCUCAAAGCGCCAGGCGGCACAGCUCUGUUCCAGGACCUCCACAUCAUCAGCACAGUCACCAGGGCAGACGCCACCGCACAUCGCACAGCACAUCGACCCGGGGUGCUGGAGGAGAUUAUUCAUAACUUGGACUAUUGUGAUGUCCUGGUGUUGGGGGAGGAGCUAGUGCCAGAGCAGGAGUCUCUCCAACUGCAGCGCCGCGCUCUGCUCGGAAAACACCUCGACGCCACUAACUCCACUUCUGGCAUGUCCAUAUAUGGUGUGGACUCCAUGUCCAACUAUGAACAGGUGAUCCGACAGGUGCGUUACUAUAACUGGCGGCCUGGACAACUAACAGAGAGAAAGUUUCGCCUCACCUGCUCGGAGCUCAAUGGACGCUACACCAGCAAUGAGUUCAACCUCGAGGUGAGCAUACUGCACAGUUCAGAAGCAGGGGAGCAUGUCAAUCACAUGGUAGCCCCGCCUCAAUACAUGCAGGUGGUCCACCAUCCAUCCAUGAUUCAUGACCUGUACCCCAGCCACAGCUCAGCGAUGCCGAGUGCUGCCACCGUGGUAAUUGUGAUGUGUAUCGCUGCUCUGGUGGUGGUUGUGGUGCUGGGCAUCUACCGCAUCCAUCUGACCCACCAGCAGGAGGUCAAACUGGCAGAGACAGCCAAAGAGGCAGACGUGACCUGGGAUGACUCGGCUCUGACGAUCACGGUCAACCCGAUGGAGAACCUGGAGGAGCCCCAGGCUGCAGAGGAGGAGGCCAGACCGAGGAACGAGCAUCACGGAGGGAUCAUCGAGGAGCUAUUAGGCGAGGAUACCGAAAGCAGCCUUCCGGGAAACCGAAAGGAGCUGAAGGAGUUGCUGACUCCCCCCAAACAGCAGCUGACAAAUUCACGUGAGGCUUCAGAGGAAAGGACGUCUCAUCCCUCUAAAACCCAUUUGCUCGUUGCCCCUCCCCUCCCGUGA